CGCCCAGAACCGGGAAAGGGCGUCUCCUCAGUGGACGCUCCGCGCAGGUGCGAAAAGCUGAGUCGUGAUUGGUUAGAAGGGCGACAUCCGACGCUGCCAUUGGCUAGCCCCCUGAGGGAAGCUGCGCCGCGAUUGGACAGUGCCCUGAAGGAAGCGGCGGCUAGCGGAGCUCAGGAUGGAGGCGACCCAAGGAGACGGUCCGGGUUCGGGGGACUUCGCGGUGCCCAGCUCUCCGCGCGGCUCGCCCUCGGUGCCGGCGCCCACCCGGCUCUGGGCCUUCCUCUGGUGCCGGGAGUUCCUGGGCGGGGCCUGGCGCCGAUUGGCCGGGCCAGAAGAGCUCGGCAUCGUCCCCGUCAGCGGCGGACUCAGCAACCUCCUCUACAAGUGCAGCCUUCCCGAACACAUGGCUGGCGCAGAGACGGAGCCGCGCCAGGUGCUGCUGCGGAUCUACGGGGUCAUCCUUCAGGGGGUCGACUCGCUGGUCCUUGAGAGCGUCAUGUUUGCCAUCCUGGCCGAGAGGCAGCUGGGGCCGCGGCUGUAUGGCAUCUUCCCUCAGGGGCGCCUGGAGGAGUACAUCCCGGUACACCUUUAA